UUGACAGCUCAGUUGCAGUGAUUGAAUAACCGCUGCUUUAUUUUCUUUUUAGGUGGUUAUCGGAACACGGUUCCAACGAGACUGGAAAGAAAAUGAUCCGCCAAAUCCUGCUGAAAAACGACAUCCUCGUCCGGCUGGUGGCUGCCCGUGCCUACAGUCAACCUCCAACGGCUGGAAAACCCGGUGCGGCCACCCAGGCCGGUGCACCAAAACCACUCAGUGGCGACGUUCCAGGGCUGAGUAGCAAGUGCGUUCACAGCAAGUCGGGACCCAUCGGUCCGGGUGCUGCCCACGAUGCCGACUACAAGGUUCCGGAGUACUAUUGCUACGACAAGAACAGUUACUUUGAGGCCGAAAUCGAAAUGGAGAAAUUCCGGUUGCCGCAACCGUCUGCCAAGCAGUGAAUCGAUGCCGAACAGUAGCAGUGAGAAGUGUUACGGAGGUUAACGUGUAUAUAGAAUAGAAAAAUAAAACUGAAAGUUGAUGAAAA